CUGUUAAAAUCAUCCAAACAAUUUUUGGUGAAGAAGCCUCCACAUAUGCCAUGGCUUUGUUUACAUAUGGAGAUCAACUGAAGGGCAAAAGCAUUCACAGAUUUGUUCAUGACAGCCCAGGACUGGUUAGUUUCAUCAACACCUUUAGGGGACAAUAUCAUGUGUUCAAUAAUGAAGAUAAGAAUCCAGAUCAGGUCAUUCAGUUACUGGACCAGAUUGAUAAAUUGGUCACUGUAAACGGUGGACAGCAUUACACCAGUGAGGUUCUUGAGAGGACAGAAAGACCAAUUGAGGUGGAGAAACAACGUAUCCUGGAAGAGACAAAAGAGCAGAGACUUAAAGAGAUAGAAAGACUGAAGGCUCAAGUUAAAGCUGAGGAGUUUGAAGAACAAAAAAAUAAACUAAUCAAAAAGUAUGAGGAUCAUGCCAGACAUGAAGCUGAGAAAAGUGUCAAUCUAAAGACAAAUAUGAGGAAGCUUGAGACCAACACAUUCAAUGAUGGUCCGGAGACGAGUCAAACUGAAAAGGAGCUCCGCAUUGUCCUGGUUGGAAAGACUGGAACUGGAAAAAGUGCAACCGGAAACACGAUCCUGGGAGAAAAUGUCUUCGAAUCAAAUUGCUUGGCUUCCUCUGUUUCCAAAAAAAGUGCAAAAAAUUUCAAAGUUAUUAAUGGAAGAAAAAUUUCAAUUAUUGACACUCCUGGUCUUUUUGACACAAGCAUGCCUGAAGAACAGGUAGAAAAAGAAGUUAAGUUGUGUAUAUCCCUCUCUGCUCCAGGUCCACAUGCCUUUCUAGUUGUUAUCAAAAUAGAAAGAUUUACAGAAGAGAAUAAUAGAACUAUAGAAUUAAUUGAGCGAAUAUUUGGCGAGGAUGCUAUAUAUUAUUCUAUGAUACUGUUCACACAUGGAAAUCAACUUAAAGGGCAGGACAUAACAACAUUUAUCCGCAGUGACCCAAAACUACGAAAAUUUGUCAAUAGAUGUGGGGGUCGCUAUUCCGUAAUUGACAAUGAAAAAAAGGAUUCAGUACAGGUUAUGAAUCUGCUAGACAGCAUAGAUUUAAUGGUACAAAAGAAUGGUAGAGAGUUCUACACAAAUGAGCAUCUUCAAGAAGCAGAGAGAGCAAUCCAAGAAAAGCAACAGCAAAUCAUGAAAGAGAAUGAAGCACAAAGGCAGAAGGAAAUUCAGGAGCUAGCGCUUAAAUACAAAGAUGAAGAACUAGAAAAAAUGACAAAGAAACUGAAAGAACAACACGAGGAACUGGCAAGAAUUAAGGCUGAGAAUGAUAAUUUUUUUCUUUUCAAGCCAAUAAAAAUGCUAGUCGAUGCCAUAAAAUAUUUACUUUCAUAAUAUGCUUAACUAGACUACAUAUCCAGAAGUUACCAUAUAACACAUGAAUUAAGAUUCUACUGAAAAAUUUCAUACACAAGUGUCUGGUACAGAGAGCACACUAGAACAGUAUAGGGCCCUGGCUUAAAUAUUUCCCCUAACACAGCAAAAAAA